UUUACAUAUAUCCGACGCACAACACGCAAAACGCCGAAAGUUCUAUUGUCAUUAUUUAUUUUGUGUUAUUGUUUAUAAGUUUAUCUUAGAAGGAACAGCACUUGAAAGUUGCUGACAAUAAGUGAAUUCGUUUUACCGAAUUAUAAAGAGCAAUUAAACUGAGUUAAGCUCAGUUUUUUUUCGUAGUGCAAAUUCGACGGAGUGCAGUGAAUACUGGUCCAGCAAAAGCGUCGUGGAUAAAGGAAAACAAAAAAUUAGUUAACAAGGUAAUCGAAUCACACAAUGGCCAACGAGGACACGAGCUUCAUUCCCGAUCUACCCACCGGCGGACCUCUGGCCGUUUAUCGCAAAAGGGCCAACUUUGACUGGAAGCGACUUCGAUUGAUAUUCGAAAAGGAGCAGGGACUACGCAUUAAGUACAAUGUUUGGCGUCGCCUGGAGAACGAUCCCCUCUUUGCUCAUCCUUCCCGCACACUGCCCAUGGAUGAGCAGAAGCGUCUCUGCGCCAUGCAGGUGAAUCGCAUGAAGCACCUGGAUCUGGUGCCCAAGGAGAUUGAGAAUCUUAGCUUCUCGGCCAAGACCAAGUACCUGAUGUACAUCAAUGAGGCCCUGGCCUCCUAUUCGCCCAGUCUCUCGGUGAAGAUCGCCUUGGGUGUGGGCCUGUUCAAUAAUGCCAUCCGGGCCAUGGGCACCGAGAAGCACAAGAAGUAUAUUGAGGCGGCUUGGAAUCGGGAGGUGAUCACAUGUCUGGCCAUCACGGAACUAUCGCAUGGCAGCAACACGAAGAGCAUCCGGACCACGGCCACCUAUGAUCCCAGCACCCAGGAGUUUGUGAUCAAUACACCGGACUUUGAGGCCGCCAAGUGCUGGGUGGGAAAUCUGGGUAAAAUGGCCACUGUGGCCAUGACCUUUGCCAAUUUGUAUACGGCUGAUGGUCAGAAUCAUGGACUGCAUGGGUUUUUGAUCCCCAUACGUGACCCGAAGACCCUUCUCUCCUACCCAGGCGUCCUUGUGGGUGACAUUGGUGAGAAGUGCGGCCUGAAUGGCAUUGAUAAUGGAUUUGUGGUCUUUACCAACUAUCGCAUUCCGCGGGAUAAUCUCUUGAACCGUACCAGUGAUGUGUCACCCGAAGGUGUCUACGAAAGUGUCUUCACGGAGCCCGGAAAGGUCCUGGGAGCCGCUCUCGAGAGUUUUUCAGCUGGACGUAUUGGCAUUAUGCAGGAAUCGGCCAAUACUUUGUGCAGUGCUGCUGUCAUUGCUGUCCGAUAUGCGGCAGUUCGUAAGCAAUUUGGUCCGGAAAGGCAGGGUGAGGAGAUGGCCAUCUUGGAGUACCAGUUGCAUCAAUAUCGCAUAUUCCCCUAUCUGGCUGCUGCCUGUGUCCAGAAAAUUGCUGUCGAAGAGCUGACCAUCACCUAUAUGGAGAUUAUAGCCCGUUCCCAGGCAGACUCCAAUGGCUUUGAAAUCUUGACCCAAAAUGCUGCUGAGAUUCAUGCCUUGAUCUCAUCCUCGAAACCCCUCAUUACUUGGGCCGCUCGGGAUGCCAUUCAGGAGGCGCGUGAGGCAUGUGGUGGUCAUGGUUACUUGGCAGCUGCCAAGUUGGGUCAAAUCCGCACCGAUCAUGAUCCAUUGUGCACCUACGAGGGUGACAACAAUGUGCUGGGACAGCAGGCCUCCAACUGGCUGCUGCGUCAAUGGAGUGCCAAGGAGCUGGAGACACCCAUUGGCAGUAUAAAGUUCCUGGAGAGACGUCAUGAUUUGCUGGCUCUGAAAUAUCCCACCCUACUUCAGCAAACUCCAAUUUCUAGCUGGGAAUUCUCUCUCCGUUGCUAUGAGUGGCUGUUGUGCCAUUUGAUGGCUCAUACCACGGCUCACAUUGAAGGCGAGUUGGCGGCAGGUGGCAGCCGGUUCGAUGCGAGAAACAACUCCCAGGUGGCUGGAGCCCGGGAACUAUCCUUGGCCUAUGCCGAGUACUAUGCUCUAAGUCGCUAUGUCGAUUAUGUCCGCAAGCUCAAUGUGGAGGCUCCUUAUGCCUCCGUUCUGCGUCUGCUGUUCGAUGUUUAUGCCAUGUGGUUGCUGGAGAAGCACAUGACCACCUUCUAUGUGGGAGGAUUUGCAGCUGGCAAGGAUUUCGCGGCUGCAGUGCGAAAGCUACUGCUCGACAGUUGCCUGAAGCUGAAGGAUGUGGCUGUCAGUGUGGCGGAUGCCAUAUCGCCACCCGACUUUGCUCUGAACUCGGUGAUCGCCCGAGCGGAUGGUUUACUCUAUGAGAAUUUGCAAAAUGAAUUUAUGACCAAUGAGGGGGCAUUCCAACGUCCCACUUGGUGGCGGGAUGUCAUCAUACCGCAGGCCCAGUCGAAACUGUAAGGAUACCCACCGAUUUCUUCAUUUAGUGCCUGGAACUUGGUAACGGGAGGGAGUUGGCCAAGUUGUAAUUGUAAUUGUGAUUGCCACAUUUGUUAUCAGGUAUUAAAGGCAAAUUGCAUUCGCAUAGAUCGUAGUAAACACUUUCCAUCAUAAAUUGUAACGUUCACUCGAGUAUUUUAAGAUCAAAUCUGUUACUAGCAUACGGGUUAAAAAGUUAUGUGUAAACAUUAAAUGAUAUCAGUUGAUUACAAAGUUUUAA